CACCAUUGUAGUAUUUAGCGAUGGAAUGUGGCUUUGUGUCAACGAUUACGAGAAGAGGAAUUUUCAAUAUUUUAUUGCCUUAACUAUUCCGAAACAAAGGCGAUCUUUGAAGUCAGAACGUUGAAUGCCUGGCGAUUGGCCUUUUAAUGCACUAGAGAGCGACCCAGAAGGUGCGUGAAGAAGGGUCCGUGAACUGAAUGCGAAAACAGAAAGCAUGUUUGUAGUAAUGACUGUUUGUAAUAAUGACCUAGAAGUCUGUUCUUAGCAGUCAGUAUACUAGGCGACAAUGUUAAAAGAAAUCAUUAAGUUGAGAAAUCUUUCAUGUCGCUCGCCAGGUUAUUAUUCUUGUCUUCUAUCUUUUUCAGGUUUAACAACGCUGGAAGGCAAUUGCUGUUGAAGGAGUUGUCUGGGACAAAUUUUAGUUUGACAUGACCGCUCCGGUAAGCAUUCCCAAUAUGUAAUGUUUUUAGAACCUACCUCCUGGAGUUUGGAGCAAACAUACGAAAGCAAUUUUAAUGUUUGAUGUUCGAGACAACGUGAAGUAGGUACUGAAAUAUGCUCGCUUGAUACCUGAUCUAAUGUAAAAUAGCAACAAUCUCGGAGUGAUUGUUUGUAUUUUCUGUAUAGAUGUAUGUGUUGCAAUCAAAUUUUUAUCAAUUGAAACCCAGAAAAAAGGUAAGAAACAUGUUUUAGAAGUGAUCAAACUUGAUAGUAUUGUUGAAAAGCUUUCUCACAGUAUCGAUAUUGCGAUAUAGACUCAUUGAUUAACUUGUCAAGGAAUGUUUAACUUGUGAAUCUUAAAUGUAUCAGGAGACAGUAAUUUUUUAAAAACGGUAAACGAAUCAAAACAUUAUCUUUACCGUAUUUAAACUUGUUGAAAUUAUUUUUAAGCGUUAUCCAUCGAAAACCUUGAACUUUUGACACAAAUGUUUACACCCACGUGGUUUAAUCAUUUGGAUUCGGCUUUACCUGAAUGUCCCUUAGCUACAGAACACUAGCAUUAGUUAUUAUAUCAGCACAAUACAGUGCAUUUGAAGAAUUUCUUGUGUUUUUGUCAUUGUACUAUUAUCACAAUCAGUUCUGUGAGUCAAAGAAUUUAAGUAACCCCAUAUAUUUACAUUACCAUCCCUGACACACAAUCAUUUACAUGUCAACGAAUUAUUACUAAAGCAACAAACCACUCUUUCUAUCGGUUUGCUGGCUAAUAAAUCAUGCAGGAUGUUGGGAGAACACGAGAAAAGUUGGUAAACCAUGAGGCAUAGCCUUGUGGUUUAUGAACUUUUUUAGCACUCUCCCAAGUGGUUUAUCUGCUGGUAAACUGAUAGAAAGUGUGGUUUAUAGCUUUUUUGGCCUAAAUAAAUAUGAGUGAAGUUUGUCAGAGAGAAUGAUAAAUGUAUUCUUAUUUUGUGAUCAAGUUGUUGAUUCUCAUGAAACCCACCAAAAAGUACAAUUAACCAAUCAGAGUGCUGGAAACUGAAAGAACUCCCAGCCAGUAGAGUAAAGACUGUAAUUACUUUAUUGUUGAAUGAAAGCAAUGGUACAGAGAAAAUGAGCAGAAAGUGUAAAGAAAACUAAAUAUUUUUCUCACUGUGUUCAAAAAAUUUUCAAAUUUUUCACUACUUUGUCUGUUCUUGUUUGCAUGUCUGGCCAAGCCUUUAUGGUCAUUGCCCCCUAUAGAGCGGCUAACUACAGCUUAUAAAUACAGGCAUUUAGUUUUAACUUGUAAAACUCCUUGAAGAAGUCUACAACAAUUAGACGAAAUGCAUCGGGAAUAAUAAAUUUGUACCACUACUGUUUGCAGAGUGCUGCUCACUGGUACAGUUUUGAAAAAAUUAUUUAAAAAAUUGAUUUAAAAAAUUGAAUGAGGUUUCCUUUUAUUUAUGCAAAUACCAACCUUCAUACAAAAACAUUAACAAUCACCUUAAAUUGUAAUUUUGAAAGGUGUCUGUCAAUUUGUUGUCUUGCUUCUCAGCACAUUUUCUGGUUUUUCCAUUUUUGCUGCAGGUUUUUCCUUUGCCUUUGAUAACUUUUCCCAUCAUUGUGUUGCCCUCUUCAAUGCUCCAGUGAGCAAUUGAGACACCUCCUCUAAGGAAAAAAUGCUUAAAUUAUAGCAGAGCUUGCAGAGCAUAGCCUCAUAAUUGUACAAAAUAGUAACCCAUCAAGCCGAAUAAAUUUGGAUGUACAACUGUACGACCGUACGACCAUACAAGGUGCUACUUUUAACAUGCAUGGUCAACUGUACCGCGGGCACGCUAACGCCAUGGCUUUGUCCAGUAGUCCAGUGGUCAGUGCACUGGGCUCCGAGUCAGAUGACUUAGGUUCUAGUCCUGGCUGGGGCAAGGUGUUGUGCCCUUGAGACAUGCGGGAAAAAAAAGAUGUCAGCUCCGCUUUUAGGCUUGGCUAAAGUAUUUUCUUAAGUAUACUUUGGCAAACCUAAAUGUUCAUUAUAUACUUAGUAUAUGUAACACCUCAAUUUAUAUUUGUAGUAUCAUGUAGAUUAGAUUUAGAGCUUAAUUUGGUUAACACUGGGAACCCUUUUCUUCACACGAAUGAUGUAGUCUAUCCAAAAAAACUUUUUUUUGAAAAAACAUCUGCAAGCAGUGAAGAAGCCAUUUCAGUGUGCUGCUGUCAUUACAAUAUUUUUAACUAAUUCAUUGCCUAAAAGUUCUGCUUCCAGUGAAGACAAAAAAUGUACUAUUCUCUACAACAGAAGGUUGCACCCUCAUUUUGUAAGUAAAUAAAAAGAAAAUAUAUCUUUUAUUUGGCUGAAAGAUUUGUUAACAUGACACAUUCUUGGUUCUCAAUUUUCACUUUUUCAUGUGAGCAUAAAAAGCAUGCUUCCACUUCUGAAAAUUGUGCUGAUUUAAAAGAGACUGAAGAAAAAAAAAUCAGUCAUUGUUAAAUAUAACAUGGGAUGGGUGUUUUGAAAUCUAUUUCUCAGUUGUAACAUGUAGAGACAUUUUGGGAAAGACUUUAUGUGCUUUACUGAUGGCAGUUAUCAUUCCUCAUAGGCGAUACUGGCCAAAGCUCUUUUUGACAACCUUGCUGAUGCACCUGAUGAAUUAAGCUUCAGAAAAGGUGACAUCAUUACUGUGCUGGAACAAGAUGUGGACGGCUUGGUUGGCUGGUGGCUCUGUUCAUUACAUGGAAAACAGGGAAUUGCUCCUGGAAACCGUCUACAGGAAAUCAAACGACGAUUAGAAGAACAAAAUUCACCUGAUUCACAAAAGCCUGCUGAACAUUUUACAUUUGAAGAGAUAGAUUAUGAUAUACCAAAGUCUUGUGAGCCUCUAGAGGAUUAUGCUGUACCACGGGGAAUAACAAGUCCUGAUUAUGAUGUACCAAAUGCUAACAAACUGGAUGCACAUGGACAUCCCACAUCUGAACAGAUUCAGCAAUUAGAACAUCAGUUUAAUGAUCUUCCUGGUAAUAGUUCAUUUAACAAUGAAACGACCAACAAGCCAUCAGGAAUUGAAAGAUUAAGUGAUGAUGUGUAUGAUGUACCCUCAGCACUUGUUGAAGAUGACUUUCCCCAAGAUGUUUAUGAUGUUCCUCAGCAUGCACUGAACAGAGAAGAGAUUGGUGUAGAUAAAUUAACACAACUUGAUAACAAUUCAGAAAACAGCAAUGUCCUUGAUCCAGGCAUUUCAAGAGAAAAUUUUAAGAUUGAACUUCCCUCACAUGCUCCCGAAGAACCUGGUAUAUAUGCAGAAAUAUAUGAUGUUCCUUCAGCAACUGAUCACGAAAAGGCACCUGACAGACUAGUGAAUGGGGCAAGUACUUCUCCUAGAGGAAGUAUGCAUUCUGUUCCCCAAGAAAACAGAAGCAGUGCAGAGUUAACCAGCCGUGUAUCUCAUCUGUUGUCUGGUGUCAGUGGUGACAGCAAGCGUCAAUCAACAUCUAGCUCAGACAGUGCAAAGAUAAGUUCAGAUGAUGACUAUGUUGAUUAUCAAGAGAUUUACGGAGAUGGCAGAGUAAAAGAUGUCAGUAUAUAUGAUGUCCCUGUUCAAGUAAGUAAUUAGGCAAAUAUCAGUUAGAGCUAAUGCUAUAUACAGUACAGUAUUUAAGGUAGGGGGGAGCUUGAAACAAAGAGGCCCACCUGAAAUUAAAGUUCCUGACUUGCUAUUUAAAUUAAACGUGAUUGCAAAAAUGUUGUGGAGGUCAUAUUUUUCAUAACUUUUAUAAAUAUUACCAACAGUGGGGCUAUUUAUUAUCAGUUUUCAUAGGGUACAAUCAAGAAAAAGAUCUGUGUCAUGAUCACUUUCAGCUGUAUCAAUUGCAAUAACAAAAGAAAGGCACUCAUCAUCACCCUCCUGCUAUUUCAUAUCCAGACUAAUGAAAUUUAGUUUUUAUUCAAGUAAGACCCAUAGUAUGCUUGGAAAUAUUGCUACCUGUAACACAUUUUUUAAUCAUAUCCUUUCAUCUGUUUUCUGUUUUAGCCAAUUCCACUGGAGCAAGGUAGUGGACUCCCUACCACAAAAAGAACACAAGUGAGUAUCCUACAGCGUAUAAAUAUGAAUGCUGUCAAGGGACUAAAGCUGAAUAUACCAGAUGCAUUGCAGCGUUUGACAAAACUUGAACAAGCAGUUAAUGGUGCAGUUAACAAAUUGUUAAGCUUUGUCACAGUUACAUGGCGGAACCCAGAAGUUCUAAAGCCUCAUCUAGCAGACAUCAGAGAUAUUGCUGGGAAGGCAAAAGUGGCUUUGAGAUUGUUAACAGAAUUUGCCCUCAGUUCACUGGUCAAUGCAAGAAAUCUUCCAAACCAUCAGGAGCUCAGUGGUAAGCUGAGCAGAGCAGUUGAGCCAUUGUUGGAAACAUAUUACUCAGUCAAACUGGCAUUGCAAAGACUUGAUGAAAAUGGUUGGAGUGUUGCUUUGGAAAAGAGUGACAAAACACAUGAUGACCUUGAUCUGAUUAUGGUGCACAUCCGCUCUGUUCCUGAGAAUUCACAAAACUUGGCUGCUGUUAUUCGUACUGCUUCAACUGUACUUUACAGCAAACCAAGCAAGAAAAGUCAAGGAGAAGCUUCCCCAUCAGAUCGAAGGAAACCUGGUAAUGACUCCCACAUGCAUAGAGUAAAGCAAAACAAAAUCUCUGAGACAGAUUCAGAUCAAUCAGAAAUGGAGAGGCGAACACUAAUCACAAGUGCAUUAAAAAACACUGUUGAUGCAAAUUUCAAGCCUGCAGCUAAUGGAGCAAAGUGGAGUCCUACAACGGUUCGGCGUGUUUGUGGUAUGGACAUCCCUAAAAGGAACAGUAAUAGCAGUGAAGAAGAAAGCUCAGCACCAAAGCUUCCAAUGCGCUUGCAUUCAUGUACAAGCAGAGGUAGAGAUUCCAGUUCAGGAGAAGACACAAGAUCCCCACCAGCUCCCCCACAGAGAAAAGACAGCAAUGAAAAGUGCCAGCAUCUUAGGCAGAAAAGUUUAGAUAAAUUUCCUCUUGAAGCAACAACUAUGGAAGCAAUGGGGCCACCUCCCAAACCAAAACUAGACAGAAAAAAUACAUCAAGAAAAAGUUAUAAGAUUCCUUUGUACUCUGAUCACAAUCGCAAUAAGGGAGACAUUAACCUGAGAGAGCGCAAGACAUCUGAAACAGAACCAGUUACACCUCGUCGAAAGUGUAAUUCAGAUCCAACACAGCUACAAGAUCACAAUGAUAUGAAGGAAGAACAAGGCUCAUUGGAAAAAAACAACUUAGCUCAGAGUUUACUCAAGCAGAGCCUAGUGCAUAUCUCUGAUUCUGACUUACCCCAGAGUUUGAAAGGUGCUAGUAAUAGCCACUCAUCAACUCUUCCACUUCAAGAUAAAAGAAAAUUAUUCUUUGAUUUUACCAAUGUUGCCCCUAGCCCAGUGCAUCAGCAUCCUUUUUCAAACUUGAUCAAAGACAAUGGUGCCACAAAGGGAUUUAUGGUGUCUUUGAAUGAUCGUGAGCUUUUAGAGUUCUACAAGUAUGAGAUAGAUGCCCAAUUAUUUGUGCUUAGUGAGGCUAUCAAAGGGUUUUUUGCUGUUGUGGACAAGAAUGAGAGUCCAAAGGUAUUUGUGUCCAGUAGUAAGUUUAUUGUGUUAAGUGCCCACAAGUUUGUGUACAUUGGUGAUACUUUGAGCAAGAGGAUCAAACAAGGUGAUCUUAGGAGUGAAAUAAUGGUUGUGACUAACAAACUGUCCAACUACAUCAAGAGUUUAGUGAGUGCAACGAAGUCAGCGGCAUUGCAGUACCCUGCAUUAAAUGCUAUGCGAGAGAUGAGUGAAACUGUUGUCCAAGUAAACAAUUUUGCAGUUGAGUUGUACCAGAUAGUAAAGAAAACCACAAAGAGUGCCUAGAACUCUAGGUCAUUCCCCAGUACGGUCAAAGGAGUAAUAUUUUAGAAGAUGAAGAUGAGUGUGAACAAAGUGAACCAUGUACUUGUAAUUUAUGGUGUUUUGGGUGCUUGAAAUUAAAUAUCAGGCCAUUUUGUCCUGGAUUUGAAGAAUUCUUACAUUUCCCCCCUUAUGAUAAUGAACACUUUGAGGAUUUUUCAAUUUCUUUAGGAGACAUUAACUUAAUUAAAUAAAGAAGUCAAAGCAACCCAUGUAGAGCAACAAGGGUAACUAGACAAAAAUGUAACAUGGUGAUUAUGUUUUACAUAUUUUUUUUCAAGACUUUUAUUUUUGUGUUGUAAGUCUGUCUAAACUUGAAGACCACUCAGGGUAAAAUGUUGCACUGGAAUGUAUCUGUCAUCUGUAGGUGUAAAUUGACUUGAAGGAAAAGACAAACAUUUGGGAAUUCUCUUACUUAGAACGAUUUUUGAUAAAGGAGAGUUUUCAAUUUAACGGUAAGAAUGUACAGUUACUGAAUUUCAAUUUUUUUCCUUUGCCUUCAGUAAUUUCCAUUUGACGUCAACAGAGUGCUUAGCCAGAUAAUUGAUGUAGAUAUUUUAUGCAUGACCAUCUUGUGAAAACAACAAUCAAUCUAUUAAUCAGCACAUGUGAUCAAAUUUUAAAGGAAGUGGUAAUAUAGCACUUGCUUCAAAAUUUAAUCAUUUUAUAAUAUGUUGUUAAUAGCUUGAUUAUAGAAAGUAUUCUAAAAGGAGCAACUUCUCACGUGUCAUGUGACUAGUAGAGAGCUAUAUAAACAAGUUUUGUAAGAAGAAAAUGGUUUAUGUUUAUAUUCCCUAGGCCUAAUGUAGACAUCAAUGGAAUUGUGUGGGAACCUUCAUUCUUUAUUCUUGUUUCAAGUUUACCUCCAAUGUUUUUUUAACUGGCUGUAUUUUUCGCUGGCUAUACUUUCCAUUUUGGGAAAUAUUUGAUAAUAGACACUGAUUUGUAAAUAUUAAAAUUUGCAUCUUACAUGAAAGGUUAACCACGUAUUUGUUUCACUUUUGCAAUAGGCCAAUAUCUAGAUAGCAUCACUUUACCACAGCUACCAAAAUUACAUAUUUUCCCUUUUUAUUCAAUUGCAGCAAUCCCAAGAAUUCCUGAAAGAAUCUGGAACCUAUGGUUAACCCUUUAAAUCUUAAGAGUGACCUAGCAUCUAAUUUCUUCUGACAAUAUCACACAUAAAGG